AUGAGCGAUCAGGCAGAGUUGGAACAAUUAGCUGAAGCGGAGUUGCAGCGUUUGCAACGACAGUUGCGUUCACUUCAAUUGAGUAUGAGACAUUUUUUGGAGUGUAAGGAAAAGCUUCUUAAAAAACAAAAUCACAGGAUAAGUCUGCUGCAACAGGAGCACAAUGAGAUCAAGAAUGAAAUCAAUACAAUGGAAAGUGGCACACACGCUAGAAGGAAUGUCUAUAAAGAGAAAGAGCUUUGUCUCAUGCAACAUCAGAACGAAGAUUUACUGCAGCUGCUGAAGAGCGAACGUACAAGCUUAUGGGAAUUGGAUAGCCAUAUAAAGAAAAUCGAAAAGGAAAUGCACGCUUUGCGUAAGAAUGAGGUUACUGACAGCUGUUAUAAGGAUACAAUACAUAAGGUGAAGAAAAGUGUGGUUAAGCUAGAGAAUCGUUUAGAUGUUGUUAAUAAAAAGUGCAGCGACGUUCUAACUGAGAAUAGUAAACUUCGUGAAGCUAUUAAUCAUAUGCUACAAGAUCGCGCUAGUUUCAAUGAAAUGUGGCAGUCUAUGGUUACACAAUACAAUGAUGGUAAAAAGUAUAUAUUAGACUUGAUUGAUCAGUCGACCUUGGCAUUUGAUCAGCGUGAGGAAUUGUGCAAUAAAUUGCAGGUGUUAAAGGAUCGUAACGAAAAUGAUAAGCUAAUGCAUAUACAGGAAAUGCGAGAAAUGCAAAGACGUCUGGAACAUGACGCAAAAUUACAAAAAUUUUUUGAUAUUAAAGGGCAAAAACGCUUGAACCCGGAAUUAGAACAGCGAGAACUUGACAAAAAAUUAGCUCAGAAGGAAAACUUUGAAAAGCAAUUAAUAAAAUAUAAAGAAAUUGUUGAAAAUAUGAAGACUUUAUAUGAGGAAGAAAAUACUGAAAAACUAGCUACUCAAUUUAAACGACAAGAAGAUGAAAAUUUUGCCUUAUUCAAUUACGUAAAUGAGUUAAGCCAUGAAGUAGAAGUGCUGCAUACUGCAACUCAAAAUCUAUCGGAUGAGAUCGAAUUGCAAAAAGUUGAUCAGGCUCAAAAAGAAUUUAAGCAAAAAACGGAGGCUAUAGAUUAUUUGAAUACCGAAUUGGAACGAGUAGAAUCUUUAAGUAAUGAAGCAAAGGAACAAAAAUCUGAGAUCAAUGAACGUUUGCAGAAUAUGCUUUCUGGAAUCGAGGAAAUAUUUAAACUUUUAUCGUGUGAUGACGCACCAAUUUUGAAUGUGUUAAGCUCGAAGGCCUUUCUGACGGUACACAAUGUUAAACUUUUUAUUGGAGUUAUUGAAAGGCGAGUUAAUGUUAUUGUUAAUAACAUAAAUAUUGAAGACUCAUCAAAAAUUUUGUGCAAAAAGGAUCGUAUACCAAAAUUUAAUAUUAAAGAAACAACGAAGAAAUAA